GGUAUCCUUUUCUUCUUAAGGAAAACCAUACUUUUUCAUUCCUAUCAAUGAGGUAUCUGCUGCUUAGACAAUGUGCACCUGGUGUGUCGUUUUGUGGCAACACGAGUGGCUAUACACAGUUUCCAGCAGCCGUGGAUGCCUCUGACAUUAUGACUGCAGAAGAUUCCACUGCAGCCAUGAGCAGCGACCCAGCCCCCGCGUCCGCGGCCAGGGUGCCCGAGGGCGUGGCCGGCGCGCCCAACGAGGCGGCGCUGCUGGCGCUGAUGGAGCGCACGGGCUACACGAUGGUGCAGGAGAACGGGCAGCGCAAGUACGGUGGCCCGCCGCCCGGCUGGGAGGGCGCGCACCCGCAGCGCGGCUGCGAGGUCUUCGUGGGCAAGAUCCCCCGCGACGUGUACGAGGACGAGCUGGUGCCGGUGUUCGAGACGGUGGGCCGCAUCUACGAGCUGCGCCUCAUGAUGGACUUCGAUGGCAAGAACCGCGGCUACGCCUUCGUCAUGUACUGCCACAAGGGCGACGCCAAGCGCGCGGUGCGCGAGCUCAACAACUACGAGAUCCGCCCGGGCCGCCUGCUCGGCGUGUGCUGCAGCGUGGACAACUGCCGCCUCUUCAUCGGCGGCAUCCCCAAGAUGAAGAAGCGCGAGGAGAUCCUGGAGGAGAUCUCCAAGGUCACCGAGGGCGUGCAGGACGUGAUCGUCUACGCCAGCGCCGCCGACAAGAUGAAGAACCGCGGCUUCGCCUUCGUGGAGUACGAGAGCCACCGCGCGGCGGCCAUGGCGCGCCGCAAGCUGAUGCCCGGCCGCAUCCAGCUCUGGGGCCACCAGAUCGCCGUGGACUGGGCCGAGCCCGAGAUCGACGUGGACGAGGACGUGAUGGAGACCGUGAAGAUCCUCUACGUGCGCAACCUCAUGAUCGAGACCACAGAGGACACCAUCAAGAAGGUCUUCGGCCAGUUCAACCCCGGCUGCGUGGAGCGCGUCAAGAAGAUCCGCGACUACGCCUUCGUGCACUUCGCCAGCCGCGAGGACGCCGUGCACGCCAUGAACCACCUCAAUGGCACCGAGCUGGAGGGCUCGUGCCUCGAGGUGACGCUGGCCAAGCCGGUGGACAAGGAGCAGUACUCCCGCUACCAGAAGGCGGCCAAGGGCGGCGGCGCGGCCGAGGCGGCAGCCGUGCAACAGCAGCCCAGCUACGUGUACUCGUGCGACCCCUACACGCUGGCCUACUAUGGCUACCCCUACAACGCGCUCAUCGGGCCCAACAGGGAAUACUUCGUGAAAGCAGGCAGCAUAAGAGGCCGGGGUCGAGGUGCAGCUGGCAACAGAAACCCAGGGCCCAGGGGUUCCUACCUCGGGGGAUAUUCUGCUGGCCGUGGUAUAUAUAGCCGAUAUCACGAAGGGAAAGGAAAGCAGCAAGAAAAAGGAUUUGAACUUGUACCGAAUUUGGAAAUCUCUACUGUCAACCCAGUUGCCAUUAAACCUGGUGCAGUGGCCAUCCCUGCCAUUGGGGCCCAGUAUUCCGUGUUUCAGGCGGCUCCCGCUCCUAAGAUGCUUGAAGAUGGCAAAAUCCAUGCAGUGGAGCACAUGAUCAGCCCCAUCGCCAUGCAGCCAGACCCAGCCAGCGCCGCUGCCGCUGCCGCCGCUGCCGCCGUCAUUCCUGCGGUGUCAACGCCGCCGCCUUUCCAGGGCCGUCCAAUAACUCCAGUCUACACGGUGGCUCCAAACAUUCAGAGGAUUCCCGCUGCCGGGAUCUAUGGGGCCAGUUACGUUCCCUUUGCUGCUCCGGCCACAGCCACGAUCGCCACACUACAGAAGAACGCGGCCGCGGCCGCCGUCUACGGAGGAUACGCUGGCUAUAUACCUCAGGCCUUCCCUGCUGCUGCUAUUCAGGUUCCCAUUCAUGACGUCUACCAGACGUACUGAUUCUGGGGGUGAGAGCGGAGACGAAUCGCGAAACUACCACUGAAGGAACACUUUACUAUUUAUGAAGAAAGAGCAUGGUGGCUUAGCACACAGAUGAAACCUGAAAGUGAAGAAUGUAGUCAAGUACCAUACUGAAAUAUUUUAUAUACAUGAAGUUUUCACUAGUUUUUUAAGACUAUUUUCAACUUAGCAGCCUGUGUUCAUACAUUUCUAAGAGACUUGUAAUGGUUCGUGCCUUAAGACCAUCUCUUAAAAAUUUGUAUGCUGUAGUACGUUUGUAUAGAGGUUUUUGUUUUUGUAUUUUUAAGGAUAUAUUUUCAGUAUGAAGGUUAUUUUCUUAACUUCUGCACUCCAGAGAUUUCUAUUUUGUAGUACCUUCAAUAAUAUAUCAACUAUAUAUUAAAAGGCACACUUGAGCAGCUAGGGAACUAUUUUGAAAAAUGUAUUCAAUAUUUAAAGAUACAAACAAUAGUGCUUUAAAACUAUCACAUAAAACGUUAUUUUAAAAAUUAUACUGGAAAGUGCAAUUUUAAAAUGAGUAAAACCUCUAUUUUUGCUGGCAUUAAGGGUUGACGGGGUUACCAUGUGUUAUCUACGAUGGUUCUAUUUUUUUAAAAGAAAUUAAACACCCGGUCUCUCCUUAAGCCAGCAUUGGAAAGACUUGUCACACUUCUGGGUCCGAACACUGGAAUGCUCUCCCCUGCCACCAUUACCCUGGGGCCUGCUCAUUCUCUCUGGGUCUUUGCUCUUAAACUUAAUAUUGCCUUCUACUCCCCUGCUCAUCCCUGCCUUCUACCCGCAUCCCACCUCCCUGUGUGGCAAGUCUAGAGCAGAUGAAUUACUCUGGCAGAGAAAACAUGGGUGGCUUUUGUACUUCUGGGUUUUUGUUGGGGAUUUUGGGUUUUGGUUGGGGACGUAUUUUCAAUAGCAGACUAUGUGUAAGCACAGAUUUUAGUAGUUUUCAUAAGACAUCUUUGCAUAGCUAUUUAAUUGCCCGAUAGAAAACUUCGGUUCCUUUUCUCACGCUUGUAUUUUAUUUCCUUUUGAAGUAUGAGUUUGUAGAGACGACGAAUGUUAUUGUGGCAGGCCCCCCCCCCCCCAGAGACUCCUGUUGCAGAAAGUGACACUUCUAGUUGCCUUACCGUGUUUCAUGCAGAAAUGUCUGUGGUCGCCAGUGGCGUUAAAAAUAGUAUGUUUAUUGGACAGGGCUUCCCUCCGUGGCUGUGCCGCGUGGCAGGUGAACUGCGUCGACCCGUGCCCGCCCAGGAGGAGGGGGAGACCGGCAGGAGUUAAGACAUAGUUUGUAAAUAUCUCCUAAUGCUCCUUUUUAGGUUUUUUAUGUUGCAGAAGUUCAUGGUAUAGAAGUUUAAUGCAAAAGGAAACCAUUUUAUUUCAAUGUUAUUAAAAGCUUUGUUUUAUUAGGAAGUAAAUAUAUUGUUGCAGUGUUUUGUGCCUGUUUAAAGGCUUUUGUUUAGCAGAGUGAAUGUAAAAUACAGUAAAAUAUUAAGAUCGUCAUCUACUUUAUGAAAUACAUCAACGUGGAAUUUUUUUUAAAGGCUCUACCAAGGAAGUGAGUUGUGCAAUAAGUAGCAAGUAACGCAGUUGUGUUUUUCUAUAAGACUAGAGACCCACCAAAUCUUUCCACUCGCUGAAUUUUUGCUGGUGGCUGAAUUUUUAUUUGUGGAUUAAUAAUAGGAUCAUGCCUCAAACAAAUAUUUUAGUUUUGUUUUAAAUUUUAAAUUAAGAGAUUCCCAAAUUCUGCACCACUCUCCCUUCACCCCGCCACCAAUUUAGAGUGGGAUGAAUUUUUUAUAUAUAAGCAAUAUUUAUUUAUUGUGUAAAGUUAUUGGGUGCUCACAACGGCCUUUAAACAUCCCUUCCCACCAUUCCUAAGUGACAUAAAGUGAUUGUGCAAUGUUCCUGAUGAUGUACCCAGCAAGCUGCACCCAAACUUGAGUCUGUUGGAAUGAGUAACCCAACGAAAUGCCGCUUGGACCAGAGCCUCCUCCUGUGGCUUUGUGAGAAGUGUCUGAUGGUGACAGAGGUUCCCUGGAUGAGACUCGGACUCAGCGGUCUUACUGUAUUUUACAUGUGCCUGUACAUUGUUUGGGGGGGGGAGAAUAAUAAAAAGUAAAGGAAAGAAAAUGAUAUCUUAACCUGGCAAAUGCCAAACUACCUUAAAAACCAAUGUUGGUGACAGCCAGUUAAGUAUCAGUGAGCCUCUUAUCUGUUUCUAUUUCAAACCCAUUUCACAUACACUACUGAGGUAAGUUUAUAACUUGAAAUGUGAACUUUUUUUUUUUUUAGGGUUAAGAACAAACUAUAUAAAUGUAAAAAAAAAAAAGCUUUAGAGUUUUCUGUUUUCAAACAUGCUAGCAGUUUACUUCUCUUUAGUUGCUUUGUAUUUGAAAAGCUUUAAACUUAUUUAGAUCUUGCUCCAUUUACAAUACAUUCUUAGGAUGUAUGUAGUAAAUAAAGCUUUCUUUAAAGAAAUUUCAAAA